GGGGCCGGAAGUGGCAGUGGAGGGAGGGAAGAUGGCGGAGGUGGUGAGUCCGGUGCCCGGGGCGGGGCGGAGGGAGUCAGGGGAGGUGGGUAGAACCCGAGGCCCCCCAGUAGCCGACCCUGGCGCCGCGCUGUCUCCCCAGGGGGAGAUAACCGAGGGCUGCCGCUUACCUGUGCUGCGGCGGAACCAGGACAACGAAGAUGAGUGGCCCCUGGCCGAGAUCCUGAGCGUGAAGGACAUCAGUGGCCGGAAGCUUUUCUACGUCCAUUACAUUGACUUCAACAAACGCCUGGAUGAAUGGGUGACCCAUGAACGGCUGGACUUAAAGAAGAUCCAGUUUCCCAAGAAAGAAGCCAAGACUCCCACCAAGAACGGACUUCCUGGGUCCCGCCCUGGCUCUCCAGAAAGAGAGGUGCCGGCCUCCGCCCAGGCCAGCGGGAAGACCUUGCCAAUCCCGGUCCAGAUCACACUCCGCUUCAACCUGCCCAAGGAGCGGGAGGCCAUUCCCGGUGGCGAGCCUGACCAGCCGCUCUCCUCCAGCUCCUGCCUGCAGCCCAACCACCGCUCAACGAAACGGAAGGUGGAGGUGGUUUCACCAGCGACUCCGGUGCCCAGCGAGACAGCCCCAGCAUCUGUUUUUCCCCAGAAUGGAUCCGCCCGUAGGGCAGUGGCAGCUCAGCCAGGACGGAAGCGAAAAUCAAACUGCUUGGGCACUGAUGAGGACUCCCAAGACAGCUCAGAUGGAAUACCAUCGGCACCACGCAUGACUGGCAGCCUGGUGUCUGACCGGAGCCACGACGACAUCGUCACCCGAAUGAAGAACAUUGAGUGCAUUGAGCUGGGCCGGCACCGUCUCAAGCCGUGGUACUUCUCCCCGUACCCACAGGAACUUACCACAUUGCCAGUCCUCUACCUGUGCGAGUUCUGCCUCAAGUAUGGCCGUAGCCUCAAGUGUCUUCAGCGUCACUUGACCAAGUGUGACCUGCGACAUCCCCCAGGCAAUGAGAUUUACCGCAAGGGUACCAUCUCUUUUUUUGAGAUUGAUGGACGUAAAAACAAGAGUUAUUCCCAGAAUUUGUGUCUUUUGGCCAAGUGUUUCCUCGAUCACAAGACCUUAUACUAUGACACAGACCCUUUCCUCUUCUAUGUUAUGACGGAGUAUGACUGCAAAGGUUUCCACAUUGUGGGCUACUUUUCCAAGGAGAAGGAAUCAACAGAAGACUACAAUGUGGCCUGCAUCCUAACCCUGCCUCCCUAUCAGCGCCGGGGCUAUGGCAAGCUACUGAUUGAGUUCAGCUAUGAACUCUCCAAAGUGGAAGGGAAAACAGGGACUCCUGAGAAGCCCCUCUCAGACCUUGGCCUCUUAUCCUAUCGAAGCUACUGGUCCCAGACUAUCCUGGAGAUCUUGAUGGGGCUGAAGUCAGAGAGCGGGGAGAGGCCACAGAUUACCAUCAAUGAGAUCAGUGAAAUUACCAGCAUUAAGAAGGAGGAUGUCAUUUCAACCCUGCAGUACCUCAACCUCAUCAACUACUACAAGGGCCAAUACAUCCUCACACUGUCAGAGGACAUUGUGGACGGGCAUGAGCGGGCCAUGCUCAAGCGGCUCCUUCGGAUUGACUCCAAGUGUCUGCACUUCACUCCCAAGGACUGGAGCAAGAGGGGAAAGUGGUGACCAGACAGCUGGGAGGACUAGGGCUCCUGAGAAGCAAACCAAGGAAGACAAGGCUGAAGACAGCUCCCAAAGGAGGGACAGGCCUGGUAGGGGCCCACUGAUGCCCAGCACUAAGACGAGGUCUGGGCUCAGGCCAAUUUCAGGAUCAACUGGCUACAGGCCCAAGCUUGCUCUGAACCAGGGACCAGAGGGAGCCAGGCAGCUGUGUACAGUGAGGUGGGGGGGAGGCACUCUGUAUAGAAUGCUGAUGAUUGUAAAAAUUUCUUUUGUAAAGUAGGAAUUGGGGGUAGGGUGGGUAUUGGCUGCAAAAUUCUGGCCUCUCUUACCCCCAUUGCCCCUGGCAAUAAAUUGUUUCUAUAGGCCAGA